AUGUACUGGCACAUCUUAUCCUUCCUGUUCACUAUCCAGGAGAUCAACCGUGACCCUGGACUCUUACCCAACAUCACCCUGGGCUACAACCUCUAUGAGAACUUUUUCGAUGCAAGGAUGACUUCCGAUGUCAUGCUAGACCUGCUUUCGGGUGGGGAAAGCAACAUCCCAAACUAUACCUGUGGAAAAGGGAAUAAUAACCUACUGGCUGUUCUUGAAGGAGCCAGUUCUGUAAUCUCAAAACAGAUUUCGACCAUGUCAAGCAUCUACAAAAUUCCACAGACCAGCCAUGGCUUUAAUGCUCAGGCUAUGGAUGAUAAAUCCCAGUUCCCUUUUGUCUACCGGAUGCUCCCCAAAGAAGAUACUCAGUCCCAGGGGAUUGUCAAGCUGCUCCUGCAUUUUGGGUGGAUGUGGGUUGGCCUCUUUGCUCCAGAAAAUGAGAAUGGAGAAAGAGCAAUCCAGUUUUCUAAUACCUCCAUGGGUGGAAUGCAUUUGGAUGAGAAUGGGGUGCUGCCAGGCAACUAUGACAUUGUAAACUGGGUGAUGUUUCCCAACGAGUCUCGUGCCAGAGUGAAAGUUGGGAGUAUCGAAAGAGAGACAUCCGCUGACACAAAGUUCACUAUCAACCCAGAUGCUAUUUUGUGGCCCCAGAGGUUUAACCAGACUGUGCCUUGCUCCAGAUGCACCGAUAGCUGCCACCCUGGAUAUUUCAAGGUGAUUCAAGAAGGAGAGCCGGUUUGCUGCUAUGCUUGUUCUCCAUGUGCAGAUGGGACCAUCUCCACUCAGAAAGAUGCAACACACUGCACCAAAUGUCCAGAAGAUCAGUAUCCAAACAAGGACCAAGAUCAAUGUAUUCCCAAGAUUAUCAACUUCCUAGACUACGAAGAGUAUUGGGGAAUCCUCUUGGCUUCCCUUGCUCUCUUCUUAUCCUUAAGCACAGGCUUUGUGUUAGGAAUCUUCAUUAAAUACAAAGAAACUCCCAUAGUCAAAGCCAACAAUCGGGACCUCUCCUACAUCCUCCUCAUCUCUUUAUUGCUCUCCUUUUUGUCCUCCUUCCUCUUCAUUGGACGGCCAAGGAAAGUGACCUGCCUUCUCCGACAGACAACCUUCAGCCUCAUCUUCUCAGUUGCCGUCUCUUCUGUCUUGGCAAAAACCAUCACGGUGGUGCUGGCCUUCCUGGCUACUAAGCCAGGGAACAGGGUGAGGAGAUGGCUGGGGAAGAGCUUGGCCCACUCCAUUGUAAUUUCCUGCUCUAGUGUCCAAGUUCUUAUCUGCAUCACCUGGCUGGGACUUUCUCCUCCAUUCCCAGAAUUUGACAAGAGCUCCCAGCUUGGAGAGAUCAUUGUCCAAUGCAACGAAGGCUCUGUUGCCAUGUUUUACACUGCCCUCGGCUACAUGGGCUUCCUGGCUGCCAUCUGCUUCACGGUGGCUUUUCUAGCCAGGAAGCUGCCUGGGGCUUUCAAUGAAGCCAAGCUGAUCACCUUCAGCAUGCUGGUCUUCUGCAGUGUUUGGGUGUCCUUUGUGCCCACUUACUUGAGCACCAAGGGGAAAUACAUGGUAGCCGUGCAGGUCUUUUCCAUCUUAGUCUCCUGUGCUGGGCUUUUGGGCUGCAUCUUCAUGCCCAAGUGCUACAUUAUUUUACUGAGGCAUGAUCUGAACACAAAGGAGCAUCUGACUACAAAACACUAA